AUGGAUAUCCGGCAGCAGUUCCCUGAUGUGCACUGGGUCUGGAAGGGAGCCAUCUCCUUUGUCUAUGAGGUCCAUCCUCGCAUUGUCGUAAAGGUCCCAGAAUCUGGCGACUUUGAGAGAGAGCAAUUUCGGAAGGAACUCAAGAUCUAUGAGAUCUUUUCUCAACAUCCGCCCUGCCCUUCCAUAGUACAGUGUUUCCUCUACGCGGACAACGGGAUCUUCAUGGAGUACAUGCGAGAUGUAACCCUCUGUUCGAGAAUACAAAAUAACCAUACUCGCGACCAGCAAACAGCUGUUGUUACUAAAGUGGAGAAACUGGAACCUCUAUCCCUACGAAAGGAAUGGAUGAGCGACCUCGCUCAAGCCGUUGCUUUUCUAGAAUCGCUUAGUCUCGCACAUGGCGACCUACGACCCGAAAACAUUUUACUCGAUCGCAACCGAUUAAAACUGUCAGAUUUUGAUUGUACGGCUGAAAUUGGGUCGGAUUUUGAAGCUUGCAUGGCCCCGUAUGGACGAAUACUCAACAGCGACGAGCAGGAUCAAGGACGACGUGGGAGUUCCGGUUUCCUAGGUCCUCGAACCGAACAAUUUGCCUUGGGCUCCUUGUACUACCUCAUAAACUACGGCUUUGAGGUUUACGGAGAUCGACGUCUUACCGAGGAUCCUAAAGAGCAUGGACGCAAAGUUGUGGAGUUACUACAGAACAUGGAAUUUCCGAAGUUAGAUGGUGAUCCGUUAAUUGACGACAUCAUCAUCAAAUGUUGGCACAACAAAUAUGCCACGAUUGCGGAAUUGGCCGCACACACCGAGACGCUCCUUCCUGGAGGAAACAACUGGAGAGACACCGAAGCCGAAAAAUUAUCCACCCCGCAAUGGCGUACGGUUAUAGGCCGCGUUAUUCGCGGUUUGUGGAAAUGUUUCAGAUCUUGGUGGGUUUUCGUGCUUUGUGGCACCAGAGAGGCAACCAAGCCUGAAGAAGCUAAUGGUGGAGAAUCGGAUGGCUAUAGCGGUGGCAUCGGACCACACGGCUCAGCAGAGGAUUUCUCUUCGAAAAAAACAUUCUGUCAGAACCUGGAGAAGUGCGGACUUCUUCAUAUGCUUUCUUUGGGAGAGCCAGAGCAACUUGGAUUCAGUAUCGAGUGGUAUAGACAUUCCACAAGUUGA